AUGGGCACGAUGAUAGGGCACAUAGUGCCGGGUUUGGCUCUCACCAUCCUCGGCCUAUGGCACAGCAUCAACACCAUCAGAUCCUAUUUUUUCAAAGGACCUGCUAACUUCACAAUAAGGUUUUGGUACCCUUGGAAUAGCCCUCUUUCAAAAUUCAAACACAUGGAACUUUUUUUCAUCUUAACUUUCUCCAUAUUUUCAAUCAUCAUGCAAAUUCUAGACUUCCCUUUUCUUCACUUUGCGUUCAAGCUCGACAGCUUUGAGCACGCGACUAUGUUCCUCCACCUGACCAUAUUUUCGGGGUUUACCCUUUGUGCUGAGUUGGUUCAGAGGCUGCACAUCCUCUCGGGAGUUGUAGGAGUUCUCGUGGCAUCCGUUUUCGGUCAAGAGCUUUUCCUUCUUCAUUUCCACUCUGCUGACCAUGUUGGGAUUGAAGGGCACUACCAUUGGCUUUUGCAGCUCAUAGUGUUUGUCUCUUUGCUGGCAGCCUUGGCAGCAACUUGUUUCCCAAACAGUCUUUCGGCGGCUUUUGUUCUUUCUAAUUCUGUUGUAUUCCAAGGCUGCUGGUUUAUGAACAUGGGGUUAAUGAUGUGGUGUCCACAGUUUGUGCCUGCAGGCUGUACCAUUCGUUUAACCGGGGGAAUUAGCAGUGACGACAUGCUUGGAGCGGUAACGUGUGCUUCAAGAGAGGCAGAUAUGAGAGCGAGAGCACUGGCUAACUUGCAAUUCAGUUGGAUACUUGCAGGAAUUUUUAUAUUCACAGGAUGCAUAGUUCUAAGAUUGGCCGCAAAAUACAAACCGGUGGACUUUGCUGUUGAGUAUGAGCAGCUUGAGAGUAAGGGACCAGAGGUUCAUAUAGUCAUGAAUAGCUUCAAGCAAGUUCAUCCCUGA